GCGUCAGCUGUUCACAAGCACAGAUGAGGGGCUUAGUGCUUUGGACGCUGAGUCUCACCCACAGUUCUCGGAGAGAACAACAUAAACUCUUGACAGAACUCUGGACAUCUCAGUCCUUCCCUGGGAUUAACUGCUAAUGAGGACAUUUGGUUUAUUUCAUAAAGUUUACUUUUACAGUGUCAAGAUAUACUGCAUUUGAGGUGCACAACAGGAAACAGUUUAGUACAUGUUCUGAGCUCCGGCGCUUCCUCUUUCCCUGGAUACCAAAUGCAGGACGUUCCGGUUUUGCCUCUUCAAUGAGCAAAACGGAUUCACAUCCACACCAGCUGCUCACCAACAGAAGUAAUAACUCUGCAAGAUGGCACUUACUUCACUCUAUGUUACAGAGGAGCCAGGAGCCGGCUUAAGUGAAGUGGACAUAUGUACGCCUGAGAUUAAUAUAAAGUAUGAAGUCAUCCCAUCUAUUGUCUGCUCUGUUUGCCUUUCAUUUGGCCUCAUCUACUGCUUUUUCGGAUACCGCUGCUUCAGGAUGGCCAUGUUCUUCUCAGGCUUCCUGUUAAGCUCUGUAUCUGUGCUCAUUUUGUACCACAAAGAGCCUGUGUUGAGCACCCACCUGGAGACCGAGACCAAGGCAGGCAUUGGCCUGGGUGUGGCAGUGCUGUGUGGUCUGGUGACCAUGUUGAUAACCACUGUGGGACUCCUCAUCAGCGGCCUACAGCUAGGAAGCCUUCUCUCUCUCUCCAUCUUGGUGGUUAUCGGACAAUUCCACAGCCUUACUCCGGUGUGGGUGCCCCUCAGUGUUGUACUGGCUGCCAGCAUGGCUGCUGCUGUCUUUACGCUCCAGUGGCAGAAGCUAUUUAGCAUCAUCUACACAUCUGUAUUUGGAGCAACGGCAGUGAUGCUGUGUGUGGACUACCUGGUGGGGGCAUUUGUGUUACCAGAUCAAGUGUAUGAUAUAUUUUCUCAAGUUGCCCAGCGGCCAUUCUGCUGGUAUGACUGGGCAAUCACAGGGAUCUGUCCUGUUUUGAGUCUCAGUGGCGUGCUGGUGCAAUGGUGGUUUACUGCCAAAGAAAUGUCACACACUGGAGGUGCACAUAAAAAGCAGAAGAAACACACUAAAAAGCACACAUAUAGAGAAUCCAGGAGGAGACCUCAGCCUCACCGCCGACGGAGGCCUCCACCCCUAAAACGCUACACUGGGGACGUCCUGGCACCGAGUUAUCUUCAGAGCCUUCAGGAGCGUCAGAUGGGAACGGGCUCCUCCAAAAGCAGUGUCAGCACUAUCACACACACUCUAAUAGACUUUGACUUUGAGACAGGCUCCAUGGUGCCUCUGACCACUGCCUCUCCUGUUUUCACAGUUUGACUAACAUGGCUUCAAGCAACUAUAGAUUACACCUAUCUGAUGAAACAUUAAGGAAUAAUUAAUCAUUUGAAUCAUCUUGACUGGCUUCAUGAGAUAAUCAUCAACAUGCUCAGAGAGAUUUAAGGUGCUUGGAGAUCAUCCCCUGAAUGAUGACAGGACAAAUUAAUGCAACUUUAGCAAUUUCCUCAGGCCCACGAUCAGCAAAUCCUUUGAGCAGUUUAACUCUCAGAUGAGUUUUUUGUUUCAUGCAAUAUCAUAACAAUCUUCUACAUCCUGCCUACAUAUAUCACUGUGUACAUAAAUACUGUAGAUCAGAAACAUAUCUAGAUUGCUCUUAAAUUUAAGCAUUAAAGGUAUAAAAAUAAAUGUGUGCUAGCAGAUACAACAAUACUAAGGAACAAAAAUGUGUAAUUCUGGACAGUAAACAAAUAAAACACUGAUUUGACAGCAGUGACGGCUUCACAGUCUGCUGUUUUGGAGUAUUGUCUUAUGUUAAGAGUCAUUAAAUCAGCAAAGCGACUCAGUGACAUCAAUUAAACAGCAGUGUUUAUGCAACAUUUGCUAACGUUAUCCACCAUAAGCCACUGAUCAUACCAAACCAAGUAUGGCAGCAGAAGCAAUACCACAGAUGAUAUGUUUCAUUGUUUAUGAGUUCAAGUUUGAAUUUCCAAGAACAUGAUGUGUUGUUUCAUUUUUCAGGGUUACGUUCUCACUUUUUAAAGGAUACAGUUAA